AAUUUACCAUUAGUCCUCUAUCUUCUAAACGAGUAUGAGAUUUUUGUCCAGGUUUGAAAAUUGAAAUUAGCGCAGGAACUCGGAAAAGAAUUCCAUAUCUAGACUGAUGGCAAAGGAAGAAAGUGAUCCAUCAAAAUUGGAGUGGAAAUAUUUGCAAGAGCCAGUUGCCAGGGAUCUUGCCAGUGAUCCUAAAGGAGUUUCAGCACAGAAAAGGGUCCCAAAAAAGAUGAGGGAGAUUCCUGAGUUUUAUUUCCUUCCCCGCAGAUCUCUUUUAUUUAACCUGACAUUCUAUGGAGCGUGUAUCGCUGGUGGGAUUGGUGCUGGCAUGCUCGUUGAAAAAUGGAUUAAUAAGAAAGUCGCAGAAGAUGGAGGUGUGAUCUACGAAUUUGACAAGUGAAAAGGUCGAUAGUUUGGCGACAACUGAGAACUGGUUUUCAUAUUUUUUUGUGAAUGUUCGGUUUAGAGAUCUGUCUAAACAGUUGACAUUUUGCUCUGGAUGAGUGGAGUUCCUCAAUAAUCAUUGGGUACUUUGCUGAUC